CCGAAAAUUAGGCAGUGUCAUUCACCUAGAGGAUGCAAGGCCUAUUCAAUGAGACUAAGCUGAAUACCAGCUUUGAAUAUUUACAACAUAUUCUCUCUCUUUCUGCUGAAAACAAUGGAAGAAAGACACCAAAAGCCUCACGCAAUCUUCGUAUUCUACCCAUUACAAGGCCAUGUUAUCCCAUCUGUCCACUUAGCCAUCAAACUUGCAGAAAGAGGCUUCACCAUAACCGUCAUCAACACACACUCCAUACACCACCAAACCUCCAGAGCCCAACCCGAUGGCGAAGAUGACAUGUUUGCCACCGUCCGGCAAAAGGGUCUCGACAUCCGUUACACCACCGUGCCGGACGGCCUUCCUGUGGGGUUCGACCGGUCGCUAAACCAUGACCAGUUCAUGGCUACUUUGUUGCAUGUGUUCUCUGCCCAUGUGGAGGAGGCGGUGGAGAAGAUUGUGAGGUCGGAACCGCUGGUGAGUUGUUUGAUCGCCGAUACGUUCUUUGUGUGGCCGGGGAAGCUGGCAAGGAAGUACGGGCUUCUGUAUAUAUCUUUCUGGACAGAGCCGGCCUUAGUUUUUACACUGUAUUAUCACCUGGACCUUCUGAGGAUACAUGGCCACUUUGGUUGUAUUGAAAUGCGCGAGGACCCAAUAGAUUACAUCCCUGGUGUCCAGUCGAUUGAUCCAAAGGACAUGAUGUCGUAUCUCCAAGAGUCGGAUACAUCAACGGUGUGCCACCAAAUAAUCUUCAGUGCAUUCAAAGAUGUCAAGGCUGCAGAUUUUGUGCUGUGCAACACCAUACAAGAGCUUGAACCCAACACCAUAUCAGCUCUACAGACCAAAAUGCCAUUCUUUGCUAUUGGACCCAUCUUCCCAUCUGAGUUCACCAAAAGCAUUGUGGCUACGAGCCUGUGGUCCGAGUCUGACUGCACCCAAUGGCUCAACUCUAGGCCUCAUGGCGCAGUUUUGUAUCUGUCAUUUGGUAGCUAUGCUCAUGUUACAAAAAAUGAUCUGACAGAGAUAGCCAAUGGUUUAUUGCUUAGUAAGGUUAGUUUUAUUUGGGUGCUUCGGCCUGAUAUCGUGAGCUCUGAUGAUGUUGAUCCACUGCCCGAUGGAUUUAAGGAGGAGGUAGGUGAUCGUGCGAUGAUCAUACCUUGGUGCAGCCAAAAACAAGUGCUGACGCAUCCUUCAAUCGGAGGGUUCUUAACUCACUGUGGUUGGAACUCGGUAUUGGAAAGCAUUUGGUGUGAAGUGCCAUUGCUGUGUUUCCCUCUUCUGACUGAUCAAUUCACGAAUCGAAGAUUAAUGGUCGAUGAUUGGAAGAUUGGGCUCAAUCUUUGCGAAAGAAAGCCAAUCAAAGCUGCUGAAGUUUCGGACAAAAUCAACCGUUUGAUGAGUGGAAAAUCAACAGAUGAAUUCAGGAACCAGAUCAAGAUGGUGAAAAAGACAUUGGAGACUGCAUCAACGGCCAAUGGAUCAUCAGAGAAAAACAUGGAUCAAUUCAUUGCAGACCUAAAGGUCAGUAUUCAAAAGAAAAGUGGGGCCAAUACCCAGACACAAACGCAGUGUCUGUCCAAUGGUGCUUGAACAGAUUGACUUGGUCUUCAUUGCUCCCAAUAAUAAUUGUAUUACUGGGGAUUAGCUGAUCUCUAUGAAUGUGGACCAAGUCCAUUGAAUGUGUGGUAGUUGUAAUGUCCUUUUGUUGUUUAUAUUUUAUUGGAAACACUUUGCAUCAAAGGAUGGUUACAGUACACUACUCUUAUAACACUGCAUCAUCAUCGUCACGUCACGUCACGUAGUGUCACCAUUUAAU